AUGGAAAGCGGGGGUGAUGCCAGAGCGGCACCUCGGCGCGGCGGCAGAGGCGGCGGCCGUGGCGGGCUUCCAGCGGCUGCCGAGCCCGGCGCUCCGCCGGCCGCGGAGACCGGCGUGAACAUGGAUGGGCCCGGCGGCGGGGGGAGCGGGGCGGCCGCGGGCAGGGACGCUGCUGCGGCGCCGGCUGCCCCCGGGGCCCCCACCCCUCCGGCCCGCGGCCCCGGCUCCAGGGACCCCAAGCUGGUCCAUCAGCGGUUCCUGCGGAGGAGCGUGGUGGACUCGGACCAGGAGGAGCCCGCCUUCGACCUGCCCGAGGCGGAGCACCAGCGGAGAAUCAUCCUGCUCCCCAAAACCCGGAGGAUAAUCGCGGAGCGGGCCAAGGCGGGGCAGGGGGCGGCGGAGGCGGCGGGCCGGGAGGCCGAGUGCUCCGGGGAGCCGCGGGCAAGGCCGCCCGCCAGCAGCACCGCGGGCGCCGAGGAGCAGAAGGAGCCGGGCAAGGAUGCGGAGCGGAGAGAGGCGCAGGAUGCUGCCAAGGACCAGGGCAAGGCUAAGAAAGAGGAGCCCGAGGAGGAGGCUGAUAUGAAAGCGGUUGCCACCUCGCCGGAUGGCAGGUUCCUAAAGUUUGAUAUUGAACUCGGGCGGGGAUCCUUCAAAACGGUCUACAAGGGUCUGGACACGGAGACGUGGGUCGAAGUCGCGUGGUGUGAACUGCAGGACAGAAAACUCACAAAAGUAGAGAGGCAGAGAUUUAAAGAGGAAGCAGAAAUGUUGAAAGGUCUACAGCACCCAAACAUCGUGAGGUUUUAUGACUUCUGGGAAUCCUGUGCAAAAGGCAAAAGAUGCAUCGUGCUGGUUACCGAGCUGAUGACCUCUGGAACGCUGAAGACGUAUCUGAAGAGGUUUAAAGUGAUGAAACCUAAAGUCUUGCGGAGUUGGUGUCGGCAAAUCCUGAAGGGUCUUCUUUUCUUACACACAAGAACUCCACCAAUAAUUCACAGAGACUUGAAAUGUGAUAAUAUUUUUAUUACUGGACCAACUGGAUCUGUGAAAAUAGGAGACUUGGGUCUGGCAACACUCAAAAGAGCUUCAUUUGCCAAAAGUGUCAUAGGUACACCAGAAUUCAUGGCCCCGGAAAUGUACGAGGAACACUACGAUGAAUCUGUGGAUGUCUACGCCUUUGGAAUGUGCAUGCUGGAAAUGGCUACCUCAGAAUACCCUUACUCAGAAUGCCAGAAUGCUGCUCAAAUCUACCGAAAAGUAACCUGUGGUAUAAAGCCAGCAAGCUUUGAGAAAGUUACCGAUCCUGAAAUUAAGGAAAUAAUUGGGGAGUGCAUCUGCAAAAACAAAGAAGAAAGAUAUGAAAUUAAAGAUUUAUUAAGCCAUGCCUUUUUUGCUGAAGAUACUGGGGUAAGAGUGGAACUUGCAGAAGAAGACCAUGGUAGGAAAUCCUCUAUUGCCUUAAGACUCUGGGUAGAAGAUCCUAAGAAACUGAAAGGAAAACCCAAAGAUAAUGGAGCCAUUGAGUUUACUUUUGAUCUGGAGAAGGAAACUCCUGAUGAUGUUGCACAAGAAAUGAUUGACUCGGGCUUUUUCCACGAGAACGAUCUCAAGAUCGUGGCCAAGUCCAUCCGUGACCGGGUGGCGCUGAUCCUGUGGCGCAGGGAGCGCAUCUGGCCCAGGAUGCAGUCGGAGGAGCGCCGGGACUCGGAGUGCCUGGACAAGCUGAAGGCGCCGCCGGCGCAGCAGGUGCAGGUCACCUACCUGUCCCACACGGGCCACCACAUCCUGUCGGAGCCCGAGGAGCCGGAGGCGGACCAGCACUCCUUCCAGCAGAACCUGCCCGCCAGCGUCACCUCUGUCGCCUCUGACAGCACGUUUGACAGUGGCCAGGGCUCCACGGUUUAUUCGGACUCGCAGAGCAGCCAGCAGAGCGUCAUCUACUCGUCCCUGCCAGACUCUGUCCCUCCUGCCAUCCAGAGGGUGUACAGCCCGCCCCUGAGCGAGGGCCAGCCCGUGCCCCACAGCCUCCCCCAGCUCGGCCACUACCAGCAGCCCUCGGCACCCGUCCUGCCCGCAGUGCCAGCCACGCCCGCCGUGGUGCCCCAGCACUACCAGGAGCCGGCGAUGCCGUUCCCCGUGGUCCCCAGCACCGUGGCCUCGCUCCCGCUGGGGCAGCCGCCGCCGCCCGUGCUGGCCGGCCAGCAGCAGCAGCAGCAGCAGCAGCAGCAGCAGCAGCCCAUCUCGCAGGCAGCCUCGCUGCAGCAGGUGCUCGGCAGCCAGCCCGUGUGCCCGCUGCCGCCCGCCCCGCACCUGCUGCCGCCCUUCCCGCCGCAGGGCUCGCAGGUGCCCGCCAGCAGCACGCCCCUGAAGCCCCUGCAGAUCUCCACCGUGCCGCAGCUCCCCACCGUGGCCCCUUCCCAGAUUCCUCAGUUUCCUGUCAUUCCUGCAAUUACUCCUCUGGCAGGGCUUGACAGCCUUCCUCCAAACCUGUCUGACAUCCCCGCUGCGAACGUGCCCCCCAUUCCCGCUCCCUCGCAGUACUUUGCUCCCGCCGUGAUCCUGCCCAGCCUGCCCAUGAACCCCGCGCUGCCCAUGGCGCCCAACUCGCCCGCCCUGCCCAUGCAGGCCGUCAACCUGCCCCACACCACCGUGGCGCCGCUGGUCCUGCCCUGCCAGCCCAUGGUGCCCAACCUGCCGGCGGCCACCAUCCCGCUGCUGGCCGUGGCGCCGCCGGGGGUGCCGCCGCUGGCGCCGCACGCCGCGCUGCCGCCGCAGCCCGUGUUCCAGCCCGCCUUCCAGCCGCUGCUGCCCGGCGACGCGCCCUCGCCCCACCACGCACAGAGCUCCCAGCCCGUGGGCCAGGCACCGCCGCCGCCUCCAGCCCUGCAGCCCGGCGCCGUCCACCCUCCCGAGCCCGCUCACCAGCCCAUGCCUGGACACAGUCAGUUUGCUCUGGAAGCUGGAGCCCAGGUGCCCGUGCUGCCAGUGCAGCCCUCCAUGGUCAUGUCACCGCCGUUGCAGCUGCAGCCGGAGCUGGUGCCGCCCUGCGUCGCUCCCGAAGGCGCUGCCCAGGCCCACGGCGGCCUUGCCGCAGCUGCCCCGCCUGCCCCCAUAGAGCCUGGCCUGCCUCUCCAGCCCUCUGCUCUGCUGCAGCUCCAGCCUGAUCUUUCGCAGCCACUGGGCCAGCAGCUCCCAGCUCCCUGCUCGGCUGUCACGGCGGGCACUGAGACAUCUCAAGAGGAGCAGGCAAUACAGGACAAACUCCAAGCUCUGUCCCAGAGUUGCGAAAGCUACAUGAGUCCAGAUGUUGCUUCUGGCAAAGAGAUGAGUGACAGCUUGGAAGGAGCAACAGGAAGUGGGAAGCAAGAAGGAAAGUCUUCAAAGAAGCAUAAGAAAUCCACACGUGCUCGUUCUCGCCAGGAGAAGUCCAACAGACCCAAACUGACCAUACUAAAUGUAUGUAACACAGGGGAUAAGAUGGUGGAAUGCCAGCUUGAAACCCAUAACCACAAAAUGGUGACGUUCAAGUUUGACUUGGAUGGUGACGCGCCGGAGGAAAUUGCCACUUACAUGGUGGAGAAUGAAUUCAUCUUGCAAAGUGAAAAAGAGACUUUUAUUGAACAAAUGAAGGAUAUCAUUGAUAAAGCAGAGGAUAUGCUCAGUGAGGAUACAGAAGGAGAGCGAAGUUCUGACCAGGGAAUAAGUCCCCAACAAGAUGCAGAUAGGCUGGAAAUAAGCGAGGAGAAGCGUCAGUCUCAAAUGAAGACGCCUGUCUAUCAGCAAAAUGUUUUGCAUACCGGAAAAAGGUGGUUUAUUAUAUGUCCAGUGGUUGAAAACCCUACUACAGAUGCCCCUGAGUUUUCUCCCCCGGUGCCUCCCAGUGCCCAGCAGACAGAAGGGCCAGACGCGGAGCAGUCAGAUGACCAGCCGGUGAGCUCUGCGGUGUCAGAGGCGCCUGGGCUCGGGGCUGGCCCGCAGCUUCCCCUGCACACAGGGGUCAGUGACAGCCCCCUUGGAGCCGCGCUGUCCCUGGCACCGGCUCCUGCUGCGGCAGCUCCUGCCAGCGCAGCAAGCCAGCCGGAGUUCCCAGCGCCAGCCCCGGGGGCACCUGCCCCGAGCGUGGCGGAGCCCGCGGUGGCCGGCGGGGCUCAGCCGGAGUUCCCGCAGCCCGGGGCCCCGGCCCCCCGCGCCGUGGGGCUGGAGGAGCCCCCCGAGGCCCCGGCCCCGCAGCUGCAGCCGCCGGCGGACGAGGCGGCCUGCGUGCCCGACGUGGAGAUCGCCUGCUGCAGCGUGGGGCCGCCCGCGGCCGCGCCGGCGGCUCUGGGGCCGCUGCCUGCGGACGCCGCGGUGCUGGAGCGGCAGCCGGCGCCGCAGGGGCCGCACCUGCCGGAGGGCGGCCAGCCCGGCGCGGGGCCCUUCGGCAGCCAGCCCUUCCCCGCGGCCGCCGGCCCCGACGGCCUGGCCCUGGCGGGCUCCCAGCUCCAGAGCCCCACGCAGGUGCCGCUGGCCGCGUCCCAGCAGCCGCCGGUGGCGCAGGGCGGCGCGGGCGUGGCCGGGGCGGGGGUCGGCCUGCUCCAGCAGCAGAACGCCCCCGGCACCGCCGAGUCCGACGGCGAGGGCCCCCCCAGGGUGGACUUCGUGGACAACACGAUUAAAAGCCUUGAUGAGAAGCUGCGCAAUUUGCUGUACCAGGAAUAUGUUCCAACUUCUUCGGCAUCGGCAGGGACGCCGGACACCUCUGUGCCACCCGAACAGGGCGACAGUGAAUUUACCUUACCACCUUUUCCUGAAGAGCAAGCUCCUGCCCCAGCGUUGGAUGGGAGAGACCCGAGCUAUAGCACCCCGGACACGGGCCAGGAGUUGAACAAGCCGGAAGUCACUGGUGUGAGUGCUCAUCCCUCAGAGGCAAGAGGUCCAGCCACAAGCAUCACUUCAGCUCCUGCUGCUCCAGCAAAAGGCCUCCCUCAGGUUGCACCUUCAUCAUUAGGCACCGCUCCACAGAUGGAGACUUUCCAGAGGAGUGAGGAGGCAGAGAGGACGGCUUCGCCCGCGCACGCAGAGAGCGUAACGCGGCGAGUGACGGCAGAUGGGGCGAUGAGUAACUUCCACAGGGAUGGUUCUCCGGGCUCUGCUUCCUAUGGAAAACAGGCUGAGGCUCAGGAGAGCGGCACGCCGGCCAAAACCAUUGGCAGGUUUUCAGUCAUCAGCACGCAGGACGAACUGACUUUAGCGGCGCCGCACUGCUUGAGGUUCUCGGCGCCCCCGGACGUGUACCUGGACGAGCUGCCCUCCAGCCCGGACAUGAAGGCUGCCGUGCGCAGGGUGCAGACGGCCUCGUCCGUGGACGUGCUGUGCGACCCUGCCUCGAGCGACUCGGCCGACGAGCCCUGCCCGCGGCAGCCGGCCCCCGCCGCAGCCGCACAGCUCUCCCCGCCCGGCAGCAGCACGGCCACCGACCUCAUCAAAAAAGCAGCUGCUUUUCUGCAGAGGUCUGCCAAAGGUGGCUCCCCUGGCCCAGAGUCUCCCAACGGGCAAGGUGCGAAGAUUCCUACGAUCAACAUCACGUCCUUCCACUCGCAGUCGUCCUACAUGAGCAGUGACAAUGACUCAGAGUUUGAAGAUGCUGAUAUGAAGAAAGAGUUGCAGAACCUGAGAGAAAAGCAUAUGAAAGAGAUUGCUGAGCUGCAGACACAGCAGAAGAACGAGAUAGAGGCACUGUAUAUUCGCCUGGGGAAACCCCUUCCUCCCAACCUGGGCUUCCUUCACUCUGCCCCGCCAAGCAGCCGGCGCCGAAGAACCAGCAAAAACAAAUUGAAAGCUGGAAAGCUCUUAAACCCUCUGGUCCAGCAGCUCAGGAGUGGAACAUCAAGCACAAGUAACCUCUCAGACUCUAAAGACUCGCCCCACAGAGAAAGCAGUAACUCACAGCCCGGUUUGCCCGCAGCCGCCGCGGUGCCGGCCGGCGCAGCGCCCGCCCCGGGCAAGGCUGUGCAGACCCAGCAGCCCUGCUCUGUCAAAGCCUCUCUGUCCUCCGACAUCUGCUCCGGCCUGGGCCCCGACGCCGCCGACGCCAACGCAGGCGCUGGCCAAGGCUGGACGGUUUUCCACCAAACGUCUGAGAGAGUGACCUAUAAAUCUAGUAGCAAACCUCGUACCAGAUUCCUCAGUGGACCUGUGUCUUUGUCCAUCUGGUCCACCUUGAAACGACUAUGUCUAGGCAAAGAUCACAGUAGUAGAUCCUCGACCAACAGCCUGGUGACGUGUCCUGAGCCCCUCCCGCAGUCGACACUGCAGGUUCAGGCCAACAACAGUAACAACAAGAAAGGGACGUUCACAGAUGACCUGCACAAGCUGGUGGACCAGUGGACGAGCAAAACUGUUGGAGCUGCACAGACAAAACCUUCUUUAAACCAACUGAAGCAGAACCAAAAAAGGCAAGACAUGGAGCCAAAGGCUAACCCCAUGCAAAUGCAGAAUGAGACAUGUGGAGUAAGUUCGGUAAGGACAGGACUGGGGAGCAAGUGCCCCGUUCCAGUGGCUUGCCCCAUGCCCACAGGAUUAGCUCCUGGAGCUGCGCCAUCCCUGCCCGUGCCCGUGCCCGGGCCCGCCCUGGCCGGCGCGGUGCCGCCGUACGUGAUGCCUCUCUGUCAGUACGGAGCCGUGUUCCCCUCGCCCGUGUACGGAGUGCCGUGGCCGGGCCCGGUGGCGCAGCCGGGGCUGGUCCGGGGGCCCGGCAUCGUGCGCUUCUCGCCGCUGGGCCGGAGCUGCCUGCGCAUGUACCCGGGGCCGCUGCAGCGCCCGGCCCGGCCCGCCAGCCCGCGGCUGCGCAUGACCUAG